AUGCAACAAAACGAUGGUCGAAACCGCAAGCAAAACCGUAGCAACGACGGGAGCAGCAAAAAGCGCAAAGACUGCCUUGCUGUUGUUGUAUUCAUCUUGCGCUUUCUCAUGAUUGUUCUCAAACCUCUUCACCAGUCUCGUUUUUCUGCUGAACUCAUUGCUAGUAUUCUGAUUGGUCCAUCUGCACUUGGGGGAUUCACUUUUUGGAAAAUUGAGGCUCUUAAAUGGAUGAAUCUUUUUCCCUUCGAUCAUAAUAUGUUAUUGGAAACCUUCGGCAAUUUGGGGGUUACCUACUAUAUGUUCUUGGUGGGGCUGGAGAUGGAUCUAUCUAAUUUAAAGAACACUGGAAAGAAAUCAUGGAGCAUUGCAAUUGCUGGAAUUUUGAUUCCAUUCUGUGCUGGGGGUUUAUUAUACUUUGUACCUAUGCUUAAAGAUAUUAAACGAAAGCCAAGUCCUGUGGGUGCUGUGUUUUGGGCUAUAACUCUGACAAUCACAAGUUUCCCCGACCUGGCAAGAACCCUUUCAGAUGUGAAGCUGCUCCACACAGAGCUUGGGAGAACUGCCUUGACUUCUGCCAUCAUCACUGACAUCUGUACAUGGGUUCUUCUUGCAAUGGCGAUAACCCUUCUUGGUGAAAGCCGUCAAAGCAUAAUUUUCACAACAAUUCCACUUAUCAGCUUUGGACUCUUCUGCUACUUUGCUUUGCGUCCAGCCAUUGUCUGGAUGAUACAGCGUACUAAAAACAAACAAGGCAGAGUAAACGACCGGCAAGUGUAUUUCAUUCUCACGGGCGUGCUUCUUUGUGGGCUUAUGACAGACGCCUGUGGCUCGCAUUCCCUUGUUGGUGGUUUCUUGUUUGGACUUAUCAUACCAAAAGGAGAGCUCGCCAUUGAAAUUAUGGAAAGAACUGAAGAGGCUGUGACUGGAAUUAUGUUGCCAACCUUCGUUAUCACUAGUGGGCUUAGAACCAAUUUUCUUUAUCUAAUACUAAAAACUAAAUGGCCUUAUGUACUGAUGAUUGCAAUUAUAGCAUCAACCGCGAAGUUUGUGAGCACUGUUUUCGUCUCUUCAAUCUUUGGCAUGCCAUUAAAAGAAGGUCUGAUUCUUGGUUUUCUUAUGAACUCCAAGGGUGUUUUUGCACUCAUCGUUCUUAAUGAAGGCCGAAACAUCAGGAAUCUCUCUGGCAUCAUCCGUGUCCUUGAAAUUUCCAAUGGCAAUGAAAAAUUCCCUUUAUGUGUCUACGCUGUUCACCUUGUUGAACUCACUGAACGUGCCUCAGCGAUCUUGGUUGUUCAUGAUAAACUCAAGACCAACACCCUAACUCGCACAAAAAGUGCCGAAAAGCUACAUUCAGACCAUAUCUUCGGCGCUUUUCAAAAUUACAAGAUGGGGAACGAUUCAUCCUUUGUGCAUCAACUCACGGUUCUGUCACCUUACACCACCAUGCACGAGGACAUCGCUAAGCUUGCGGAGGAUAGGGCUACAACCCUGAUUUUGAUCCCAUUUCACAAGCAACCCACUGCUGAUGGGGGCUUUCAAUGUGAGAACCUUUCAAUAAAGGAAGUCAAUAGAAAUUUGUUGGCUAAGUCACCAUGUUCUGUGGGCAUUCUCGUUGAUCGUGGACUUGGAUCUUCGAAACUAGGCAAGCCAGUAUUUGGAGGCAAAUCACAAGGGCUCCGAUUAGCCAUGAUCUUCCUUGGCGGACCUGAUGACCAUGAAGCUUUAAGUUAUGCGUGGAGACUGACAGGGAAACAAAGCGUCACCUUAACGGUGGUACGGUUUCGGCAGCAGCAGGCACAAAUCAUACAAGAAAACAAAGACAAUAAUGAAAAUGAUGACUCCGUAGAUGCUGAUAAAUUUACAGCCAAAACAGAACUAGACGAUGAUUAUAUAAACGAAUUCAGAUUCAAAUCAAUGUGCGACCCAUCCAUAAUUUAUCAUGAGAAAGUGGUAAAUAACAGUGAGGAGCUUGAGAAAACCAUAGGCGAGCAGUAUAAUAACUUUGAUUUGUACAUGGUUGGACGUGGUUUAGAAGUAAAAUCUCCAUUGACAAGGGGACUGAUUGAUUGGGGAGACUCUCCUACGCUGGGACCGAUUGGGGAUACACUGGUUUCAUGCAGAUAUACAGCUCAUGCAUCACUUCUUGUGGUGCAACAGUCUCCUUUUGCAAGUGAUGUUAGUUUGCAGCGCUCAAAGAGCAAGUUUGAACAGAGGAAAUGGGCUUCACCCGUUUUAAAUCCUGAAUACGAAGCCAUUGUAAAUGAAUCAAUCAAAAGCUGA